AUGUUACCCGUUGCUCAACCACAGCUAGACUACAAUUCCUUUGGCAACCGAAUAGGCUUUUUUGGCGCUUUCUCUGGUGCUAGUUUCUAUAAUCAUGUGGGUGCUUCAAAUCUCGUUGCAUUACCAUCAUUACCUGCAAUUGAAUCAUCAUCAUCAUCAUCAUCAUCACCCCACUCUACAACCUUGUAUCUCCAAGAUAAUAUCAACAACUAUACUCUUAAACUUGGUGAUCUAGAUGGUCAAAUUAACCAACUUUUCAAACUAUCCUCGGAUACAAUAGUGAUUAAUGGUGAUUUCACCAAUUUCAACUAUAAAUCAGUUAAAAGUCCCAUAAUUUAUAACAUCACCCUUAAUUCUACUACUGAAAUUAUACCAAGUAAUGACUUUAAUGGUCAUGUAAAUACAUUGUUUGUCGAUAAUGAACUUAUAUACCUAGGAGGUAAUUUUACAUUCAACAAUACUAUAGGUAUUGCCAUCUAUAACCAAACAUCAAAAAGACUAUUGUCAACUCCGUUUCAAGGGUUUGGUGAAAAUGCAUCUAUCAACAGCAUUAGCAAAGUAGUAUCAAGUAAGGAUAAGGAUAAGGAUAAGGAUAAGGAUGAUGCUAAUUCUGGAUCGAUCAUAUUUGGUGGAAGAUUUAAUACUCUUGGUUUAUCCGAUUUGCUUGUUCAUAAUAUUUCUACAAACAAUACAAGAAAUGAUAAUUUCACCAAUACAUCAAUAGUCAAUGCAGAGCAAUUGAUAUCGCUUAAACACGGAACUUUUACAACGGUUAAUGGACAAAACUCCAAUAAUGAUAACCAAGAUGAUGCUUCUUUGAUUAUAUGUCCUUUUAAUAACCAUCAAUGGACAGCAAUACCAAAUUCUGGAGCCGAAUGGAAAGUAGAGUUGGCGGACGAAAUGAAAGGUAUUAUACCAACAAAGGCAAGAAUUUAUAUCCCUGAUAGUGCCAAUGGCGUUAAGCUGUUUAGAAUUUAUUCAUUCCCCAAUAAUGGUAUCAUGAAUUUAACUUUUAUUGAUCCAUCAACAAAUGAGGUAUCUUUUUGUGAUGCUUCGUGUCCCUUGACGGCAUUUAAUGACUUGAAUGACUAUAUCGAGAGAAAUAAGGAUAAUGCCACCAACUUGAACGAAGAUGAUACUUUUGUUGAUGAUGAUGAUGGUACUUUUUUCAAAUAUUAUGAUCCUAGCACCAAGACUAAAAAUAUCGGUUACGGACUGAACUUUCAAGAAUUUGCAUUUAUUAACCAAGUUGGGUUUGACUCUCUUGGAUUAACAAUUACAGAAUGGUAUGGUGAACAAGGAGUUAUUAGUGGAUUUGAAUUGUAUCAAAAUGCAAUUACUGUAUAUGGAAAUAAUACAUUGAAUGACCCAAAUUGCAAUACCGACGACGACGAUAACAACGGCGACUCGAAUCACAACAAUUAUGCAGAGAUUGUUUCCGGGAGUUUCCAAUCAGCAAGAAGUGCUGUGGCUGCUGCUGCAGCAGCGAUCAAUAACGAUUACUUGGUGACGUUUGAUACAAAUGCCAAAAUGAUUUUAUACCCCAAUGUGUCGUAUUCAGGGGAUUAUUCAAUAAUAAUGACUACACCGGGCUGCUCUUUGGAUAAUACUUGUGCACAAAGAGCAACUGUUAAUGUGUCUGUAAUUGGUAUCGAUGGCACUAUUUUGUCUACAAAUUUGAUUUACCAAGAUAAUGAAAAUAUGAAAUUCGACUACUUGUAUCAAGGUCAUUUGGAAAGUUCUGAUGAUUCUACUAAUGUUAAUAGGAUUGAAAUUUCGUAUCAUAGCUCAGCUAAACCUGAAGCUCAAAAUCCAAUCAUGGUUGUUGAUAAAAUAGUUGCAAAUAUUGUUUCCUUGGAUCUGUAUUAUUUCAGAAAUUCAACAAAUACAACAAGAUCAAGUUUGGGUUCAGAUCUUGUUCACCUUGAACUCAAUGGUUUGUUUGAGUAUUCAUUGGCAAAUUUCUCAAAUUUUGAUGAGAAUUUGGUACAUUACCAACAAGACAAUAGAACCUUGAUCAGUUUAAACAAUACAUUUGUUGGAAACUCUUCGAUUAAUGUACUUAGUAGCAGACUUGCCAAUAAUUCAGAGAUCAAUGAGAUUGUUGUAUAUGACCAAUCUAUGUUGUUCUUGUUGGGUAAUUUGUUUUCUGAUAGUACCAAUUUAACAUUAACAAAUGACAAUCUAAUAUCAUUGAAUAUAUCCUCAUAUAAUAGUGUUUCUAAUGAAACAAGCAUCAACUUGCCUACUAGUUUAAAGAAAAAGAGGAGAAUGAGAAGGAGAAAAAGAGAUUCACAAAUUGUUAAUGGUGUUACAUUCAACAAUACUAUUUCCAAAAUUGCUGUACUUGCCGAUGGUAUUAUUUAUCUCGGACAGUUUUCUGCUGUUUCUUCAGAUUCUUCAUUCCAAGACCUCUCUAACCAAAACAGGUCAACUUCACAGGCUAAUAAUAUUGCACUUUUCUCCAAUAAUCAAUGGUUUAGUUUUGGAAAUGAUUUUGAAGAUGUACAAUUUGAUCAAUUUGCAAAUACUACAAUUAACGGAGAUGAGUAUUUAAUAUUCUCUUCUUCCAAACAAGAAUCGGUUUUCAAAGCGUGGGAUAAAACUAAUUCGAAAUGGUUUGAUCGUGAAUUGAAUCUUACCCACGCUAUCUACUUGAAUAAUAAUAAUAAUAAUGAUCAGCAAAUAUUAGGAGGAAGUGGAUUCAGUAUAAUGGAUAUUUAUAAUAAUGACCAAGGAUAUAUUCAAGAUGCUCAUUUCAACAAGUUUGGCAUAAACGUAAACUAUACGAUAGAAGAAAAUGGUGGUAAUAAUAAUUUUAUUUCAAAAUCAUUUUAUGUAAAUGAUUCGUUAACUGUAAUUAGUGGGAAAUUUCAAUCUGAUGACGUUCAAAAUAUUGGAUUUAUCGACAACAAGACUCCAUCUAAUGAGAUUAAACCGCUUCUUGGUGAUAUUGAGUGGAACGAUGAAACUAAUUCAAUUAUUGAAACCUUGUAUGUCGAUGAUGCUAAUGAAUAUUUAUUUAUUGGUAUCAAUGGUUCAGUUUUAGUUAAUGGCGAAAAUAUUACCGGUCUUGUUAUUUACGAUUUGCAAAAUAAUACAUUUGCAUCGUUUCAACCAGCUGCACUUUCAAACAAUAACAAUGACCCAAUACAUAUAAAUUCGAUGGUUUUGUACGAUGAUGAUGCCAAGCUUUUGGUUGGUGGCCAAUUCGAUACUGCUGGAUCAUUAAGCUGUCCAUCAUUGUGUAUUUACGAUAUUGCAAAUACAAGAUGGAUCAAUCCGCAAAGUGAAGCUGAGCAAUCAUCAACUAUUUCCGGAAUCGUUACCGAUAUGAAAUUUUAUCAUUCGAGUCAAGUCUUGAUUGCUGGUGUCAAUCUAACUUUGAACAAUAAUGAUGUUGUGUUCAUGACUUAUAACUUUGAUAAUGGUGCAUUCAAUACAAAAGCUUCAUUAAAUAAAUUGAACAAAGGUGUUGAUCGAUUUGUUUUGAAUGACCAAUCAAACAGUGAAUUGAAUGGAAGAAUGAUUGCUAUGGGAACUGGCUAUUUAUCAGGAUUCGAUGGUUCUAACUGGAACAAUAUCGAUCAAGAGCUUAGUUUUAACAACCAAACUAGAUUGAAUGAUUUGAAAUUGUUGACCUUGACAAAAUCUUCAUCUUAUAAUCAAACAUUGUUUAGUAACAAUAAAAUCUUAUUAGUUGCAGGGACAUUUUUCCUUGCAAAUUACGGUUUGGUUAACAUGGCAUUAUUCAAUGGUACUUCAUGGAUCCCAUAUGUCUAUACUACAUCACAAGUUGACAAUGCUUUUAUUGGAGAUAUACAAUCUAUUCUAAUUGAUGAUCCAUACCGAUUUCAAUCAAGUAAUGAUUUAAAGAAUUUACAACAUUAUUUAUCCACAGGUAAAGUCGUUGGUAUUUCUUUGGCUUGUGCAUUAGGAUCUACUGCACUUUUGGGACUAUUGUACAUAAUCCCUUAUUUUGCCUUGUUGAGGAAUAGAAAUGGGUAUAUGCAAAGAAUUCAGGAGCUGGAUAUGGUGCAAGCCAUCAAUCCUGAGGAUUUAUUACACGAAAUGGACCUACAGAGGGAGAAGUAA